AAAUGUCGUCCUUUGCACAAGAUUUGAGAAAAGCGAUGUCUCAAGCCGGCACGUCGCAGUUCCAGGAAGUCAUUCGGCAAGAGCUGGAAUAUUCAAUGAAAGUAGAACUUGAUAAGAUACUUGCAACUGCACCUUCAAAUGAGCUGGAGCACACAAAAAAAGACCUGGAAGGAUUUAAGAAACUGUUUCAUAGAUUCUUACAAGAAAAGGGACCAUCUGUGGACUGGGAGAAGAUUCAGAGACCUCCAGAAGAUUCUAUCCAGCCCUACGAGAAGAUCAAGGCCAGAGGGCUGCCCGAUAACAUUGCGUCUGUGCUGAACAAGCUGGUGGUCGUGAAGCUCAACGGCGGCCUGGGCACGAGCAUGGGCUGCAAAGGCCCCAAGAGCCUCAUCGGGGUGCGCAACGAGAACACCUUCCUGGACCUGACGGUGCAGCAGAUCGAGCAUUUAAACAAAAGCUACAACACUGAUGUUCCCCUCGUUCUGAUGAAUUCCUUCAACACUGAUGAAGACACCAAGAAAAUCCUGCAGAAAUACAGUCUCAGCCGUGUGAAAAUAUAUACUUUUAAUCAAAGCAGGUACCCUAGAAUUAACAAGGAAACUCUGCUGCCCAUAGCCAAGGAUGUGUCUUACUCAGGAGAGAACACGGAGUGCUGGUACCCCCCGGGCCACGGCGACAUCUACGCCAGCUUCUACAACUCCGGCCUGCUCGACAACCUCAUCGCAGAGGGCAAGGAAUAUAUUUUUGUAUCCAACAUAGAUAACUUGGGUGCCACCAUGGACCUUUACAUUCUUAACCACCUUAUGAACCCGCCCAAUGGGAAACGCUGCGAGUUCGUCAUGGAAGUCACGAACAAAACGAGGGCAGACGUGAAGGGUGGGACGCUCACGCAGUACGAAAACAAGCUGAGACUCGUGGAAAUAGCUCAGGUUCCAAAAGCACACGUGGAUGAGUUCAAGUCCGUGUCAAAAUUCAAAAUAUUCAAUACGAACAACUUGUGGAUUGCUCUGUCUGCAAUUAAAAGGCUGCAAGAGAAAAACGCCAUUGACAUGGAGAUCAUUGUGAACCCAAAGACGCUGGAUGGAGGCUUGAACGUUAUCCAGCUGGAGACGGCCGUGGGGGCUGCUAUCAAGAGCUUUGAGAACUCGCUGGGAAUAAACGUCCCUCGGAGUCGGUUUUUGCCCGUUAAGACCACGUCAGAUCUCUUGCUUGUGAUGUCCAAUUUGUACAGCCUUAACGCCGGCUCCUUGACCAUGAGUGAGAAGCGGGAGUUUCCGACGGUGCCGCUGGUCAAGCUGGGAAGCUCUUUCACAAAGGUUCAGGAUUACCUGCGGCGCUUCGAGAGCAUACCCGAUAUGCUGGAGCUGGAUCAUCUCACCGUGUCAGGUGAUGUUACCUUUGGCAAGAAUGUGUCAUUAAAGGGAACUGUCAUCAUCAUUGCAAAUCACGGUGACAGAAUUGACAUCCCCGCCGGAGCGCUGCUAGAGAACAAAAUUGUGUCUGGAAAUCUGCGGAUCUUGGACCACUGAGUGA